CACAUCCCCCUUUCUCCAUUAUCCCGCAAAUGGGAAAGUGUUCUUGGUCGGAGGAAGAAAGUGGGCUGUUCAAGAUUUUGGUGUGCAUAAUUCUCUGCCCCCCAAUCCCUCUUUACUUUGCUUCCUUCGCUGGCGGACGGAGCUCAAAUCGUUAUUUAGCUUUUUCAAUUCAACGUGGGGAAUCCUCGUACCUGACAACUCAUUGUCUAAUUUCAUUCAAAUUUGCCGGAAAAAUAUUUAUUAGAAGUUGCACCUGUCGAGUCUGCUUCAAAAUACAAAGGUACACAGAAAGGAUCGUUUGAGUGCGUCGUUUAAAUGAGAUUGGAGAUGCUCCUGUCUUUGCUGCUGUGUGCCAUCUGUCUGCUCAUCCUACCGUCCUCCUCUACCCCCAGCCAAGCCUCAGAUGACUCCAGACUCCUACAGGUGACCAUCCCUACGACCCCUCCCUUAUCUGCCGUCUUGGGGGGCUCUCUUACCCUACCUUGCCUGGUGUCUCUGUCCCACCCGCCCCCCAACACGAAUGGCCGCCACGCCGUCCUCUCCCUACCCAGGGUCAAGUGGAGCAUGCUGUCCCAGGGGCACGAGACUGAGAUCCUGGUGGCCCGAGGGGACAGGGUGAAGGUCAGCGAGGCCUACAAGGACAGAGCCUCCCUGCUCCAUUACGCUUCCUCCUCGGCCGACCUCACCCUGAGGCUGGAUGGCCUGCAGUACAACGACUCUGGCUUCUACCGCUGUGAGGUGCAGCAGGGCCUGGAGGAUGCCGACGGUGUGGCUCAGGUCAAGGUCAAAGGGGUGGUGUUCCACUACCGGGAUGCUUCCAGUCGCUAUGCUUUUACCUUUGCGCAGGCCCGGGACGCCUGUGAAGAGAUCGGGGCUCACAUCGCCACCCCAGAGCAGCUCUUGGCAGCCUACCACAGUGGCUAUGAGCAGUGUGAUGCGGGCUGGCUCUCAGACCACUCAGUGAGAUAUCCCAUCCAGAUGCCACGAGAGGGAUGUUUUGGAGACAUGGACGGGCAUCCUGGAGUGAGGAACUAUGGGCUGCUGGAACCUGAUGAGCUGUACGAUGUAUACUGUUAUGUGGAGAACAUAGAGGGGGAAGUGUUCCAUGGCUCUUCCCCCCGAAGUUUCACCCUGUGGGAAGCUAAGGCCUAUUGUCUGGCUCAGGGAGCGGAGCUGGCUACCACAGGUCAGCUGUAUGCAGCCUGGAAUGACGGACUGAACGCCUGCAGCCCGGGGUGGUUGGCUGAUGGGAGUGUACGCUACCCCAUUGUCACUCCCAGGGAGCGUUGUGGUGGAGGGGAGCCUGGGGUCAGGACUGUCUAUCGCCAUUUGAACCAGACAGGCUUUCCAGAGGCACACACUCGCCAUGACACUUACUGCUUCCGAGGCAACAGCAACACUCACACCGAAUCUCCCCAUGAUUACCUAGCAACAGAGCCAGAGGACAUCGGCCAGGACAUUGUGACGCUGUCUGAGCCUCUGGAGGAAUUCAGCCUGGGUCAGGUGACGGAGCAGGUGAUGAGUGAAGAAGUUCAGGGCUACCUGACUGCACUCCCUAUUCCAGCGGAGCAGCACCCAUCAGAGCAUAUAGAGGAGCAGGUGGCUGUCCCUGGAGAGCAGUACCCAGAGCAUGGAGCUGUCCCUGGAGAGCAGUACCCAGAGCAGGGGGCUGUCCCUGGGGAGCACGGAGAAGAACAGGGGGUUGUUCCUGGAGAACACGGAGAGGAGCAGGAGGCUGUGCCUGGGCAGCACAGAGAGGAACAGGGGGUUCAUCAUGGGGAGCAGUACCCAGACCAGCCUGGAGAGGAGCAGGGGGCUGUCGAUGGCCCGGGCCCUACUGUAGUCUAUCACGAGGAGCUACCCUUUCCGGUUGAACCCCAAGACCCAUUCACCCCCACAUCCUUCCCCCAAGACCUGGAGCCCACAGAGGACACCUGGCAUCUGGUGAAAGAGGUCAGCAACCCAGAAUCAUAUCAGCCUGCCCCUGAGGAGGCAAACUUAGAUUCAAACUACCCAGUCACACACUAUGAUGAGCUGAAUGCAAACCCAACACUGUAUCCACCUUCUCCCGAGACAAAUUAUGAAUCAGAUGAUCUUACAACUGCUCAUGAAGACAACAUUGGUAUCCCCGAUCUCUACCAGCCCUCGUUAGAGUCAAACAUGGAAUCAGGAGAGCCCUCUAUAGAGGGUGUACCAGGGACUGCUCUGGAGGCCCCCGUGCCCACCACAGCAUAUGAGGAGGUGGACAGGUCCAGUGAUCCACAUCCCAUUCCUGGCACAACCCCUGAGAGUGGUGAGCCAACAGAGUCUCAGUAUGGUAUUUCAGAGGAAAGCCAUAUGCAAACAGAGAUCACCCAGGAGACCGAACACUACACUUUUACCUCUGAGACCACAGGCUCUAAUGUAUCAGGAGUUGAAGCCACUACUAGUUAUGACAGCUCUCCAGAGGAGCAACUGGAAAGCAGGCUGCCCAUACCUCCUGAGGAGGACCACUCCGGAGAUGAGCAUGCCAUCCAGGUGGAGCAUGUCACGGACACGGUCUACCCAAGCACCUCUUAUGACCUCUCAGGAGGGUCCUUCAGGCCUGAGGGAGCCAUCACUGGGAAUGUCGAGGAUACAUCUGUAUCUUCCACUUCACCUCAUGAGGAAACGGAGCUCUUCCCUGACCAGUCCACCACUCAGCCUCCAUACUGGGAGAACACACCUGAAUACCACCAAACCAACUCUGUGGACCACAGUGCCAGUGUCCUUCUCCCUGAGGAGCAUACCACAUCACUGGACUCAUUGGUCCUCCAGACAGGGGAGAACAGUGGCUCUGCUACGGCUGAGUCAGGAGACCUGGCUACCCGAAGCCCAGUGGAGAUGGACCCCUAUGAACUGAUCCCUACCUCUGAAUAUGCUUAUGACCCCACUCAGGAGCAGUCUGGUGUCACGUCACCCGACUCCUCUACCCUAGAUGACCAUGUGGAGCAGGAGGCAGGAGGCACAGUGGACUCAUUACCAGACGUUUCCAAUGGUUCCACUGACCAGGAUGAGCACACUGACCUGGGUUCAGUUCCAACUGACAAAGUCCUUACAGUUAUUUAUGACACUGACUCUAGUGAAACCUCUGGGGUCCACAAGGUAAUGCUUGACAUUACCCUUUUGACAUCCCCCAUACCUAUAACCUAUUCCCCCCCGACCCAGCGUUCCGUGGAAGCAGGGGCCAGCUCCCCAGGUGACUUCAUAACCGUCAUCCCAGAAUCCAGCGUUCCAUCUGGGUUUGAACCCCUGGAGGAAGGGCUGGAGAAGGUGGAGCAAGAGGGGUUGGGUGAAAUCCCAGAAGUAGUCGAAACUACUACUCCAGAGACAGCUUCUGGUGAGGAGGGGAGUGGAGAUGAGGAGAAUGGUCAGGAGGUGAGUGGAGAAGAGGAGAGUGGUCAGGAGGCGAGUGGAGACGAGAAGAGUGGUCAGGAGGCGAGUGGAGAUGAGGAGAGUGGUCAGGAGGCGAGUGGAGGCAAGGAGAGUGGUCAGGAGGCGAGUGGAGACGAGAAGAGUGGUCAGGAGGCGAAUGGAGACGAGAAGAGUGGUCAGGAGGCGAGUGGAGAUGAGGAGAGUCGUCAGGAGGCGAGUGGAGGCAAGGAGAGUGGUCAGGAGGCGAGUGGAGGCAAGGAGAGUGGUCAGGAGGCGAGUGGAGAUGAGGAGAGUGGUCAGGAGGCGAGUGGAGGCAAGGAGAGUGAUCUGAAGGUGAGUGGAGAUGAGGACAGUGACCAGGAGGUGAGUGGCCAAGAGGGAGUGGAGUCCGGCCUAGGAUCAGGAUCAGACGAGGAGCACUCUGAAUCUGGAGAAAGCUCAGGGAUCCUUGAACCAGAAGUCCCAUACAUGAAUGAAACUGUCAUUCCCAUCAAUAGCACAACUGUCAAUAGCACAGAUGAAAGCGAGCCUGAGUCGAGCACAGAUGCGCCUUCUACUGAUAUGGAGAUCACGCUGCUCUCUGACUUGUCCCAGACCCCCCUGCCCUCCCCCACCAUACCCCAAGAGUCCCGGGCUGAUGUAAAUCUGGAUUACAGUGGGGAGACCUCACUCACUGAGGACCCUGACUCCAUCACUCCACUCACUAAGGAGCCUGAGGAGACCCCCAGCCCGACGCCCACCACAGAGGACUACGAUGACCAGACUACGACGGCAGCACCCCUAUAUCCAGAGGACGUUGAUGAGGAGAAACUGAUUACCAUUCCUACUACUCCAAGAUUUGGGAACAUUUCAGAUUCCUGCCAUGAGAAUCCUUGUUAUAACGGGGGAACAUGUGUUGACAGUGGGUCUUCAACCAAGUGCCUUUGCUUGCACACCUAUGGAGGACACAUGUGCCAGACAGACCUGGAGGUGUGUGAGCCGGGUUGGGAAAAGUUCAUGGGCUUCUGUUACCAACAUUUCACCAAGCGUCAGGGCUGGGAGGUGGCAGAGCAGCACUGUCGUAUGUGUGGCGGUCACCUGAUCUCGGUCAUGACCCCUGAGGAACAGAACUACAUUAAUGAUAAGUACAGAGAGUACCAGUGGACGGGACUGAAUGACAGAACCAUAGAGGGAGACUUCCGCUGGUCUGACGGGAAUCCUCUGUUGUAUGAGAACUGGUACCGGGGCCAGCCUGACAGUUACUUCCUGUCUGGAGAGGACUGUGUGGUGAUGGUAUGGCAUGAUGGGGGGCGCUGGAGCGAUGUGCCCUGUAACUACCACCUCUCCUACACCUGCAAGAAGGGCACCUCUUUCUGUGGCCAGCCCCCCAUCAUUGCCAAUGCCAAGGUGUUUGGUAAGUCGCGUCUGCGCUACGAGACCAACUCCAAGGUUCGCUACUACUGUGAAGAAGGAUUCCUCCAGACACAGAACCCCGUCAUUAAGUGCCUAUCCAACGGCCAAUGGGAGGAGGCUCUGAUCACCUGUCACCCUGCCCAGACCAACUUGGCAGAGGGAGAGCAGAAGGUCACGACGCCACCCUAUCAGAACGAGGGGGUGGAGGUGGUGGACACAGCCACGGAGAAAGCCACUUCAGAGUUCUGGGACAUCAAGUGGAACUAAUAAGCUCAUCAAACUCAAUAUGCCCCUUCCCUCUGCCCCCUUCCCUGGAAUCCUAUGUUCCACUCAAAGACUGUCCAACCUUGUCCCUCCAACAAGGUGGAGCCUUGUAAAAUAAAUGUUCUCCCUGAGAACGAGUCAUCACAUUCCUGUCACCAGCUCUUUCCAGAAUAAACCCAUUUAGAACAUCAACAGACUUGAUCGAUCACACUUACAAUAAGAGUACAUCCCAACAUAAGGCCACUAUUAGAGGAAAUUGAUCACAUUUGCACAGUACAGUUUGUCAUUGGAAUGAGCUUUAACGAAGAUGUCCCAUCCAUCAUUGGGCUUGUAUGUUGCGUGUGAUUGUUGACUAGUGAAAUACUUCAAUAUCCACCUGUGCUACGACACUGUUGGAUGACUGUAUUUGACUGCUAGUAACAUAUAUUAUGACAUGUUUAUGAUGGUAUACAGUAUGAUUUUGAUGGAGAGUUUUAGUAAUGUGCAACCUAAAUCUCAACCUCAGCUGGUCUGACAUUAACUGAAGCCACUUUCCCACUCUCUGCCACAAAGACAGAAUUAAGAUUUCCACUUUUGUAUGCUUUUGUAUAAGAAGAUCUCCUAAUCAAUCCACAUCUUCUCAAUUCCCACAACCCAAAGCAUUUUCUCAACAUGUCCUCUUAUGUGGCUCUUUGCUUUUCAGGUGUCUUAAACUUUAGACCCAAUAUUAGAAGCCGAUAUCCACUUUAAAAGUACUUGGUUUGAAAAUAGCCAGAAUCCAAAGUUUGUUAUUUUAAAACGUAAUCACUAAGAUACUAGGAAGAACAUGUGAAAAUGUCCACAAUGGUAUUUCAAUUUUCAUGCAUCAAUUACAUCAUUGUCUUAGUUCCAGUGGAAGUACGAUUUUACGUUGGUAGUGUUUAACAGUAAUCAAAUCGUUCUAAUUGUUAAUCCCAUUUGUGACUGCACAAUUACACAAUGAACUUGUUAUGAAAGAAAAAAGGUCAUUGUAAAACGAAUUAAAACUUAAUUUUGUUAAUGUAGUCUGAGUUAUUGGAGAAUAGAAAAUAAAUAUCUAAUAAAACGAUUACAAUGUAUUUAUCCAUGUGAA